CUGCCUGCAAGAUGGCUGCGCCCAGUGGCGGGUCUCGGCCUCGUGAGCGGCGCUUUGGGGAGCAGGAGCACGAGCGGGACUGGGACGCCGCGGCCCCGAAGAGACCCCGCUUCGGCGUAGGCGGCAAGAGCGGAGGCCGUCGGCUCAUUGUGGUGCUGGAAGGGGCCAGUCUGGAGACGGUCAAGGCAGGGAAGACCUACGAGCUACUCAACUGUGACAAGCACAAGGCUAUGUUGUUGAAGAAUGGGCGGGACCCCGGGGAAGUGAGACCAGACAUAGCCCACCAGAGCUUGCUGAUGCUGAUGGACAGUCCCCUGAACAGAGCUGGCUUGCUACAGGUGUAUAUCCACACACAGAAGAAUGUGUUGAUUGAAGUGAAUCCCCAGACUCGAAUUCCCAGAACCUUUGACCGCUUUUGUGGCCUCAUGGUUCAGCUUUUGCACAAACUCAGUGUUCGAGCAGCUGAUGGCCCCCAGAAGCUUUUGAAGGUCAUUAAGAAUCCUGUGUCAGAUCACUUUCCAGUUGGCUGUAUGAAAAUUGGCACUUCCUUUUCCAUCCCAGCUGUCAGUGAUGUGCGAGAGCUGGUGCCAAACAGUGACCCUGUUGUUUUCGUGGUGGGGGCAUUUGCCCACGGCAAGGUUAAUGUGGAGUACACCGAGAAGAUGGUGUCCAUCAGCAAUUACCCCCUGUCUGCUGCCCUCACCUGUGCCAAACUCACCACAGCCUUUGAAGAAGUGUGGGGGGUCAUCUGACCACCAGCAGACUCUAGUUCUGAAACAAGGACUGUUGGCUUUGCAUCCGUUGACUGUCUAGACUGACUGCUGGGAGGUUAAUUAGCUUCUUGUAAUACUGUACAUUUUUUUGUGUGUGUUCUAUAAAUACUUUUGCAAAUCUG